AUGCCAACAAAAAGAUCCCGCACUUCAUUAAUUAACCGUAUCACUCCUAAUAUAGUUAGGACGCACUCUAAUUGGAACGAAAUAUCAAAUAAAUUGCGACAAGUAUUUGAAAAUUUUCGUACAACAUAUAAUAAUGAUAUAGCAAAAUUGGCAAGCCAAUUGAUUCGGAAAAGAGGUAAUCCAUCAGAUCAUGAUAUCAAAAAGUUCAUUUCCGGAUCUGUAUGGGAAAGGCCUCUUAAAAAGCAUAUCGAUGCACUUGAUUAUGAUAUAUUUAAGAAUCGUCAAUCUGAAGCAAAAUCAUUGGAAAAUUUUAUUGCUGCAAGUCUCAAAAUACAUGUAGAAUUCUUAAUAGCCGAAUCUAAAGGAGAAGAUCCAGAUUAUAAUUCUAUGGUUCUAAAUCGUAUUAAAGAAUUGGAUAAUAUUACUAUUAAUUUCCAAUUUUCAGCCGCAAGCCAUCUUCAAUAUGCUAAUCAACUGGAACUUAAAGAAGAACGGGGAAGAUUAAAAAAAUGA